AUGGAACUCCUAGUCGUCUUGCUAGGACUUUUCCUGUGGGCUGGCGCCACGCCGGUUUCGGAGAAGAUGGACUCCAUCUGGAAUAAAGAAAACAUUUGUCAAGAUUGGGACUUUUCGACUGCGGAAGGUGUCGAAAAAUUGUGGCAAGAAACUGCCGCGGGCUUUUCUCUUGAUUUCUUCCUCGAAAUAAGCCUGAGUGUGGCGUUCUCCCAAAAUAAGGCAAACGAAGGCUGGACCACCAAGCUUGAACAUAAAAUACGAAGCAAUGGUCGUCCUAGAGUCGGCGGCUGUUCGACAAUCGGCGGCCAAUGCAGCCCUUUUAGCGACUGGGACUGCGAGAGAUACUAUGAUGAAACCAACAAGACUAGCUUUGGCACAAACUCAUACUGGGUCUUCCAAGCCGUCAUAGGGCUACACAGCAAGAUUGACAAGAUCAGCGGAGAGAUUACUCGACAAACCCUCGUGGAGAAUUUGAAGAUAUCGCAGACGCUCAGUGAGUUCGACUCGCCGGACACGAAGGCUUCAAGUGUGUUCAAGUGGAUUGCAGCCGCUGCAUCGAUGGGAGGCGGUCUCAUGUCUUUGCCAGGAGCGGCAAUGGUACUGGGCCCUGCCGGAUUCGUGACUGCAGGACUAGCUAUCAUUGGCAGCAUCUCUUCUCAAAUGGCCGAUGCGGAAUCGAAAGAGAAUACAGAGGCGAAUGAUGUUGCAGUUGCCUUGGGGAAUGCUUUUGAAAGCCUCACAAAAGGCCUCGAAGACAUCCUUCGCGUCGCUACAGGUGGAGGGAUUGAUGACAAUGAGUAUAAUGCUCUUCCUAGUCUUGGAAACGAGAGGGACAAUUUCCUCAGCAAAGUUCCCGCUUUUCUGAACGGCGGUUGGCCAUUACUUGUUGAGAACUCGCGCGAAUUCGCAAGCUGGGUUGGCAUCAUCAGUGAUAACCUCAAGAUGAAAGUGGCAACUGAGGCCAUGAAGUCUUCGAAACUACAUCUGGUGGCAGACAGGCACAGAGAUGCCGGAACCAGAGAAGGAUGUGGAACCGACAUAGGCCGUCAGUGGAUGGAAUUGAGGAACGGCGAAGAGUACUGUUUCUACCUAAUGAGAGAAUCGGCUGACACCUUUUGGUACAAGGCCGAGCCCAGGAUCUACGAAGCGAUGGAGAGGCACGGCAUUGGGAAUCGAGUACCAUUCUACGCUGCCAUUAUUGACUGCGCCCUCAAUGGGAAUGGCGAUGGCGUGGAGAUUGGAGGUGGAAUAGGAAAGAUACCUCGAUGCUACUUCGACCUCGCGGCAGUCUUUUACGACGAGAGCGGGAACUGCAUGGAUCCUACCAUUGAUGGCUGCAGGUCAGUAAAAACUUCACCGCUCUCGUAG